CAUUACAGUAUUUUAAUUGCAUAUACUUUCAGAAAAAUGAUGGUGGUUGAAAAUAUUGUUGGAUUUUAGCAACAGUGACUUGUCAUGCAAGUGUUCAACAAAAAGCAGCUCAUUGUUAAAUAGAUCACUCAACCUCUUCAGGAUGACUAACUCAAAUAAAAGCAUAUUAUAAUACAUUUUUCCUCAUUCAAAAUACACAUUUGAAGCUUGGAGGUAAUGUGUUGAUUCCUGCUCAAAAUUUGACCUUGAGUUCAAAGAAUUUCAGUGUGUUUUUGACCUGGAUGCCCCCUGAAGAACAUCCUCCUCAAGCCACAUACAGCGUGGAAAUAAUGCCCAAGAAUGUUUGGAUUGAAACAGCCAACUGUAUGUUUCCAUCUGAAAAAAUCUGUGAUGUUACGUGUACAAUUAAAAAUUGCUACUCUGAGUUUAAAGCCAGAGUGAGAAGCCUUUUACAUGAAACUCCAGUUGUUUCAACUUACGGAUUUAUUCCGCUCUAUGAUGUGGAACUAGGUCCACCUCAAAUGGAAAUAGUUUUUGAAGAAGAAUCUUUAAUGGUGCAUCUCCAAGUUAAGUUAAAACAAUGCAAAAACAAAGUGCUGGAUGCAUGUCUACUAAAACAGCUGAUCUACGAAGUGGUAAUCUGGGAUGUGAAUGAACCUGUCAGGACACUAAUCAAACGAAGUGAACUUGACAACUCAGUGCAAAUUGCCAAAAGCGAAUUGCGUGGUUAUAGGAAUUGCGUAUCUGCCAAGUCCAUUUACCAGAGUUUAAAGAAAUCUAGCAAUUUAUCCAACCCAGUUUGUUUCAGUUUGGAGGCAAAAGAACACCAAAUUGAGAAGUUUCUUGGGAUAAUAGGACCUGUGCUGGGAACAUUCUUUCUAAUUUUAGUGACUGCAUUGAUUGUGAAAAGUGUAAUCUGCAUUCCUUCAAACAUGAAAAUACCAUCAGCCUUGGAUUUCACGUGGCCCACAACUUUUACACAAAAGAUGGCAGUUGCUCAACCAGAUUUAUGUGAGCUGUCGAUCGUUACUUGCUUUGAAAAAAGUGAGGCAGAAAUAUGUGAACAAAAUAUUGUUCUUGAAAGUAAUCUUUUGAAAGAAGUCAAUUUUUUGCAUAAUGGUGAUGACUCGGACGAGAGUGAUGGGGAAACGGAAUGUUGUAAUUACACAGACAGACGAUGGAUUCCUGAUGGAGUAAUGUUUGACAAAGCUGAAACACCUGAUGAUACUGAGCACCAGGUACCUAAUGCAGAAGGCUAUCGGAAAGCAAAUUUCUUCACUGUUUCUGCUAUUGGUGCUGUUGACUUACAAAAUCAGGAAUCAGACCACACUGAUCACAGACUACAACAUGCCCCACGGACUACAUCUCACAUUCUUGUUUCUAACCCAGUUCGUUUCUCUUCUGAUGUACUUGAUAGCAAACAUUUCAGAAAUGGUAUUGAUUCUAUUGUGCUGGAUCUUGAUGAACAAAGGAGCAAUGGUGAUGUCCCAUUGAUGUCUGUCCAGAUACUGUGUUGUGAUGAUGAUGAUGAUGAGACUGUUGGUGAUAAUAAGGAUUGUGGUCCUUUGUCUGAUACUGAGCCACUUCUUGAUUGUGGUUUGAACUUUCAAGCAUGUGACUUCACCUAUCGUCUUCCUGCACUGCUGCCUGGAGGGCGGUAAUGGGAAAUCGAGAAAAAAGCACUCAUUUAGGUUUUGUCUAAAUCUGAAGUGUUUGAUCAAUAUACUGCAGGAACACUUUGCAUAAUCUUAAUAUUGUUUUCUAAUUGGAAUGAAUAUUUUUAACAGGACAUUCAAUCUAUUUCAAAGGUAUUCACAAGGUUGUUAUAACCUUAAAUGUUCAGUGUUUUAAAACGUUUGACAUUUCCAAUAUACUUGACGAUGUAAUAUAUAUACAUUUAUAAACCUUUUUACAUAUUUUUGACAAUUGAAGUAUUCUUAUUCGAGUGUUGACUGGCUUCCAUCAAUGAGAAGGCAUUCCCCAAAAGUUUUAUCUGAGUUGUCCGAAGUUCGGAGAUGCUGCUGUUGAUGUAUCUUUCUGUAUAAUUAGUUAACAUUUUACAAGUUUUGAACUAAGGUCAAGGAUCAGUUUGAAUAGUGAGCAUUUAAAGCUGCUUGAGAUGGGACAAGGAUGGAUUAUGAUUAGAUUACUUACAGUGUGGAAACAGGCCCUUCGUCCCAACAAGUCCACAUUGACCCUCCGAAGAGCA